CCGAUCAUCACCCACGGCAAGCUCGACGAUCGACGACGCUUCUUGCUCCAACAACUUGUUGCUUUCGCGCAGCAACUUCGUCAUCGCCGCUUGCCAUCGAUUCGGCGUAGCCCACGCUUGGACAGACGGUGGCUGCUGACAUUACGUGCCCCUCCGCUCCCUUCCGCACCUUCCCCCAGAGCCGAGCCCGCAAUGUCGACGACGACCACGACACCGCCCGAGCCGCAGGCGCGCUCGAGCUCAAUGCCCUCUCCGCUGCACCACUUGCUGAAGAGUUAUACGUCGUCGCACCCAUUGCGCUCGCCAUCGCCACUGCCGGCCAACGCCCGCGUCGAUCCCCAACGGCCACAGCGCACCGCGCCACCCUCCAGCUCGUCUCCGCUCAUGUGGACGUUGGGCGUGUGGAUCGCCUUCAUCCAGUUCGCGUUGGCAAAGGGUCUGCACAUUGUGUGGAGCCUGCUCAAGCACCUCAUCGUCGGACCACAUCGCAAGAGCUGGGGAUAUCGCAUGACGUUUAUCGUCUCGUUCAUGCGCAAUGUCGCAAACUACACUGACUUUGCGGAUAUCGUGCUGGUGCGACGGCUCGUCUCCAUCACCUACCUCAUCCCACUGCCCGCGGACGCUGUGGUAACACCCAUUACCUUCCUCGUCCCAAAACGGCGAGGAGAGGACGCGUGCCGAGGCUUCUUCCGUGACUGGGACUGGCAGGAGACCGGCACGCGUGAGCUCACUGGCGAGUGGGUGGUCAACAAUGACGUGUGGAAGCGUUUGAAGGCGGAGCGACGAGCGCGAUGGAACGCCGAGAUGCGGCGAAGAGCCCAUUAUCACGUAGGCCCGUCGCGGUUGCGGCACGACAGCGUGAGCUCAGAGACCUCGGAGACGCGGUCACCACAAGGUCGCGUUUUCUCGUCAUUACCUACUCCCAUUUACGGUCGCACACCGGUCGUUACGACCCAGGCCCUACCUGGCGGCCCCGAGGCGAUGGAGAUGCCUGAACCUGGGGUUGAAGCUGUGCCGCCGUCGCGCCGAGAACGUGUGAUCUACUACGUCCAUGGCGGUGCGUACUACGUCGGCAAUGCCGCGACCCAUCGCCUUAUCACCAUAGGCGUGAGCAAGGCUUGCAACACGCGCGUCUUCGCCAUCACGUACCGUCUCGCACCAGAAGCGGCAUUCCCCCUGCCUCUUCAUGAUGUCCUCCACGGUUAUCUUCGCCUACUCGCCCCGCCUCUGUCCAUUCCGCCAGAGAACAUCAUCGUCAUGGGAGACUCGGCGGGCGGUGGUCUGUCCAUUGCGCUGUGCAUGUACCUUCGCGACAACAGGUACCAGAUUCCCGCAGGUCUUGUGCUCAUGUCACCGUGGGUCGACCUGACCAUGUCGUGCGGAAGCUGGGACGAAAACGCGUACAGUGAUGUCGUGCCCCGCCCAGACGCCGAGGAUCACCUCAAUCCUGUCGGAUGCUACCUGGGCCCCAAGGGCCUCCAGACAUAUCUCACUCACCCCUACGCCUCCCCGCUAUUCGGUGACUUGCGCGGGCUUCCUCCGAUGCUCAUCCAGAGCGGGGAGGCGGAAGUGUUGCGAGACGAGAACACCCUGCUUGCUCACAAGGCCACCCUCGCCGGGGUGCACGUGACACACGAAUUGUACGAGGAUAUGGUGCACGUAUUCCAGACCUUCACUUGGCUACCCGCCGCCAAGGCUGCAGUCAACAGCGUUGGGCGGUGGGUUCGUCAGACGCUCCCGCGUGUCGAGUGGGAGGCCGCGCAAGCGGCGCAGGCAGUUGAGGCAGCGCAGACGCUUCUCGAGCGCGAGGUGGGAACGGACAGCGACGCUGAGCCGCUCGACUCCGAUCACAGCGGCACGGACGAGGGCGAUGACACUCCUAUCGCCGCGUCGCCUGCCCCGCGAGGCACCAUACCAGUCUCUGAAUCGCUUGACAGCAUCGACUCCCACCGAUCGCGCAGAGAGGACCACGACAGCACGCCAAGAGACCACCGCACUCCGCGGCGCCACAGGUCCAACGCGAACUUUGCCCCGGACGUGUCUGUCAUUCCGCCCCCCGGUUCCCGUCGCGAUCGGCCGACAGCCGUCUUCCCUCACCACCCAGCCCAUGGCGAGGAGACCGCGUCUCUUCGCCCGCAGCUGCGCCGUGCGCACACGGCAGGCGUCACCUCCAACCGGACCUCCAACAUCACCUCGCCGCUCAUGUCUCCCCCGUCUCACGGCAUGCGCUCCACCUCCACAGCAACGCUCUCUCCGUCAUCCGAGGCCUCGCUCUCUACCCUUGGGCGCACGUACUCUCAGUUGCAUGUCUCGCACGCAGCCCGCGAUCAUGCUGCCAUCCGCCGCCGCCGGACCACUGCCAGCCUCAGCAUGCACGCCAGCUCGCCUGUAUCCCCUACGGGAGCGUUCGCGACAGGCCCCAUGCACCCGACCUCUCCCCCCCCACCAACGCCCCGGAGACGCCUGCGGGCUCCGACUAUCACAAGCCAUCCGACAACACCUACUGCACGCACGCGCUCGACCUCGCACACGGACAUCUUCGAGCUCGUCGACAGCUACCACGAGAGUGGCGCUGCCAACCCGACCGUUGUUUACGGCGCAGAGGGCGAGAUCCGCAGCGUGGGUGUGUUGGGCGAUGAGGACGACGGAUGGGGCGUGCCCGAAGAGGACGCGCAGGGUUAAUCGGAGAGGCGUGUCCUAUCCUACACUGGCUCCUUACACGAAUCCACGUCAAUCUUGUACAAGUACAUCGAGCACAGCCUCCUACAUAGUAUUGUUGUGCACAUCGUGUUGGGUUUCCUGCGCAACGCUGUGGCCACCCGCUGCCGCUGCUGAGCGCCCAGCAUUAAGCCACUGCUGCUCUGAGCUCUCCGCGCUCCGCA